AUGUUUAUGUCUAUGAUUCUAUUCUUUGACACAUCGGAAGUUCGACACGGUUCGCAGAGAAGACAGAAUGGCUAUGUCCACGAGAAGCAUGUCAUUACCUUUUCAUCGGAUGUCAUGCUGCAAUUUGAAGAAUGCAGUGGUUUCUUUGGAUAUGCGUUUUCCCCUGCCCUUUGUGGUGUCUGUCCGGACAAAGAAGCGCUACUUCAUUCCACCUGCUGUGGGUAUAAAAGGGAAGACCCAGGUAGACCAGGCGGCUAAAGCCAGAGCAGCAGGGAUUAUAAUAAAGCAGGAGUACAUGGAGAGAGCCAUCAAUAUUGCCUGCACUGCGGGAGUCUUCGAUCCCUACAUCCCACCAGAGGGUGAUUCCCGUCUCUCCAGUUUGUCUAAAGAGGGUUUGAAACAGCGGACCGAGCAGAUUAGACAAAGUGCUGCUUCUCAGCUAGCGAUACGUAAGAUCAAAGAGCACGACACAACGUUUACCACAAAAGAGUUCCCAGGGCACGCUCAGGGGAUUUACAUUGAAGCUCACAACGCUCUUACCCAGUUCAAUAAAGAGAAACUCCAUUCCCUUGUCACAGAAAGGUGUUAUCCUGAAAUGACGAGGGCCAACCGUUAUAAGACGCUGCGUUGGACGUUUGUGGAAUCACUUGAACCACCAAAGGUGGUACAUGCACGUUGCCCUGAAAUGGUCAGUAAAGGCAACCUGUAUGGUCAGGUGACUCUACGCAUACACUCCAGACAGACGCUAGCUAUCUAUGACCGCUUUGGGAGACUGAUGCUGGGGAGUGAAGAAGAGCCUAAGGAUGUCCUGGAGUAUCUGGUCUUGGAGAGGCACCUCAUCAACCCGUAUGGCCGCUGGAGGUUACAUGGCAAGAUUGUUCCAGCGUGGGCUCCAGCCAAAGAUCCUAUCAUUAAGACUGUAAUGAUUCCUGGCCCUGAGCUUAAGCCAGGUGAAGAAUUUGAGGCCCUCAACUUUGAAGUUCCCAAGCCCAAGGCCAUUCAGUGGCACAAGUAGGCCACAAGGGAACAGUUGCUUCCUCUAGGCUUCUAAUAUACAUGGCAGUAUAGUUUUCCGAGAUUAUACACAUUUAAACAAAAAUUUUGCAUGCACAUGUUGUGCAUGUAUUGUUUAUUGCAAUAAUAUAAUGAGUACAUGAUUGAUUCAAAGAAUACAAAAAUAAAGGAUCCCAACUGCUUUUAA